AUGUGGCGAUUGCUGUACAAGUCUCGGAAAGCCGAGCCUUGCCCCAACCAGUUGUCGCGCAUCGUUCAGCGGCCCUGGGGCAUUGCUGAUUUGAAGUUUUUCAGUGAUGAUGACUGUCAAGACGAGAUCACAGGAGGCAAUGCCAUGACAUCUGGAGGUUUUGAUCACUUCCACCCCUCUGCGGUGGAUCAAGACUCCUAUCUGACCUCGCGCAUGGUGGACGAUGAUCCCCUCAGUACCUGGACGGCCAACUGCCGCACGGGCUUUUACAACACCAACACGGACCUCACGAAUUGUAGCGGCUCGUGGGUUGGUAUGCAGUUCCGCGACUCGGAGGAGGUCCGUUGUGUCUCCAUCGUGCAGAGCCGCUGGGAAUCCGCCAGGUGUUGUGAUGCCGCGGAUGAAUUGGAGUUGCAGCGCUGGAAUGGAUCCAGCUGGAUUGAAGCUUCCUGGUUCCGCCGCCCACCGGUGCCGGCGGUGAAGACGGAGUUCAAUUUCCGAGAGCCCACGCACAUUGGCGGCACCUUCGCCAAUCUGGGGGCCUGCCCCUCGAGGACUAGCGACAAGCGCAUGUUUGAGGAGACCAUCCGUGAACAGCGCAGCCGUCGUGACAGCGAGAAGUGUAUCGUUCAGCUGACCGGUGCGGUGACGCUUCUGGCGGAGCCCUACUGCAUCAAACAUCCCAGGUGCGUGUCAGUCUUCGGCACCAUGGGCACGUGUUGCCCUAUUGGUGACCUGGUCCAGAGCGAGAACCGAUGCUGCUGCGGAUUUUUAGGAUCUGAACCCAUCUUUGCGGAUGAGAUCAGUUUAUCCAGUACUCGAGAUAAGCUGAGCUUUGAAUAUUCUGCCAUUUGGGUCUCCAACAUUCUGCCGUGGAUAGGCCUUGCCGUGACCGUCGCCUUAUACCUCACGGCUGUGCUGAUGCCUGCCGAAAUGGAGGUGCGCUGCAAGCUGUGGAUCAUGGAGGAAAUGGAACGGACACCGGGGCGCCGCGGGCGACUACUGCUCAAGAGGCUAUGGGUCAUCGGAGCCUGGCCCUGGCUGUCCUGGCGUAGCUUUUUGGCCACCAGCAAGUCCCAAGUGAGUCACAUGGUUCGAUGGUUUAUUCUGCCGGAUGGGCGGCUCCCUAAGCCCUUGGAGAUGUACAGGUCCCUUCUCUUCCUGAUCUUCGGGUCCAUUUUAAGUGGCAUGGCUCCCUGGCUCCUACUGGGCGCCAUUUGUGGGGAGAUGAUGAUCUGGCUGGCGCUGCAGCUCUGCCAAGUGAUUAGGUAUUUCAAGUCGCCCUUUGAUCCCCUGGACUUGCGCGACAUGCAGCUGCGACAGAACAUCUCCAGGGUCAUGGUGAAAGAUGACGAAGGUCUUGGUCGCGCCUUUGAUGUGGCCGCAGGUGUGGCCACGACCAUCGUUUACGGCCUGGCCUUCUUUGGAAAGCACCGCGGUGGAGCGUUCAUCUUCGAUUUGUUGAUUGUCCGUGCUCAGAUGCUGUCCGUCGAGGCCAUCGAAAACAUCGAGGCAGAUAAAGUGGUGGAACUCUUCCCAGGGCUUUUAGAAACUCUGCAAGAGCCCGCGAUGCUGCUCUAUGAUGUGGGGAUCCCCCUCUGCGAAGGCUCCUGCGCCUUAGCGGGCUCCGUAGCGCUGGUGAUGAUUUUGUAUGGAGCCUCCCAGUGGCUGAACUACGACCUCUUCGGCCUCUUCGUGGCCUCGCGUCAGGUGGUGAAGGCCACGCGGCCGGAGUGUCAACGGAUCUUGGCGCAGUCCCUGAUUUUGCUGUGCCUGGGAGCUUCCUUUGCGGCCGUGCAGAUGACCAUGGUGCUCUUCACACGAGCCUUGGCGUUUGCCAAUCCCUUCACUUCUGCCACUUGGGUUUGUCCUUAUGAUGAUACCCUAGCCAUCUUCGUGGGGCGAAUCCUGCUAACGGGAUCUUCAAUCAUAGGAGUGCUUUUCGUCUUCUUGUGCGUCAAUGGACACUUCGUGGGUCAGGACUACAUCACGGAGCGCGUGGCCCAUUUCCUGGGCAUCGACUUGGCGGAGCUGGACCCGGAUGGCACCGGGGAGGAGGGUGGGAUGUUCCGCUUCGACGUCUUUGGUGCAGCGUUGCCCACACUCUUUGGAGUAUGGUGGGAUCCCUGGAACAUCGAUGCUUAUUUGGUGCGUGAGCGCGCACACGUCUACUCCAUGGAAUUGCGAGAUCCCCAGGCGUGCAAACACUGCGAGAAGAUUCAUGUCCAGUACGAGUUGAUGAUGACGGCUACAGGCCGCACGGUGAGUGCUGCCGUGCAGAUCGUUCCGUAUGGUGCAGUGGUGGCCAAGGCAUGUGAGUAUUUGAACGAUCCGCCAUUGAUCUACAUCGGAACCAAGAUGAGCUGUAUGCGCGUGCGGAAGCUGGAACUCACACAUACCAAGGGCACCAAGAAUGUCCUGAUGUGGUCGUUGCUCUUUAUUGCCUCCAUCUUGGCAUAUUCCAUCGAGUAUGCUGUGCCAUUUCUGAAGAGAGUUACCAGCGUGAUGAUGCUGGUCUACUUAUUCAUGGGCACCUUUACUUUGACGGAACGCAACCUAGUGGAUCAGGGGACCUACGUCAUCCUCUCCGGCUUCACCCUGUCCUUCGUCAAGGCCGCGCUUGAGAAGCUGGUCCCGGCCUUGCUGAGCUACGGCCUCAGCGGGGUCUACUUCGUCAUCUCGCGCGCCGAAGGAACUUUGACGCACCGCAACGACAUCGCCAGGACCUUAACUGGCCAAGCCUUGAGCGGCGCCACUUGCGCCACGUUGGUCUCGGGCAGCGCCCUGGCGGCCCAGUGGCAGUCCCCAGCGGUGGCGGUGCUGCUGGGAGCCACGGUGGGGUAUGCCUUCAGCCUGCUGACGCUGUUAAUCAACGUGCUCUUUGAGCAACCCUCGCCGGACAUUGAUCAAAAGGUUCCCAGGACGAUGUUUCAAUUCAUCAUGAAGAUCGGUGCGGCCCUUCUGACAGGCGGCUUGGUGGCCCUGGUGGUGGUCUUUGCCGGUGAAGCAGGGUUGGCCAUGGAGCAACCUGAAGCGGAUUCCUAUGAGUUCCAAAAUCUCCUGGGAGAGCGUUGGGGCGUCCGUGGGAGUAUCAGCCUGGCCAUUCUGCCUCUGGCGGUGCAAUUCAUCGUUUUUCGCUUGGUCUUGGUGGAGAAUCUGCCACCGAAGGCGAGGGAAAGCAUCAACCCGGACUACGACUGGCGAGACUCGCCCACCUGGGUGGUCCUCCGAACGGUGCAGUUCUUUCCCAACCUCACGGCCAUCCCCACCUGCGCUUUGGUCACCGUGCUUCUGCGGGACUUGGUCAAGAGUGUGCUGUUUCUCAGUCCAAUCCAGCAUCAGCUCCUUAUGACAGGAGCUGGUGUGGUGGUGGCCAAUGUCUCCGCUAUGACCGUGCAUCGAUUGAUGGAGAGCUUUCCCCAACUCGUAGGUUUCUUCGCGUGCGUCUUGAGCGCCUGCCUUUUGUGUCCCUGGAACUUCCUCUUCGGCGCCUUCACGGCGGUCUGGAUCGGCGUGGCCGUGGGAAGCGUCCUCGAGGAGGUGGUGUUGCGCCGCAUGCUUCAAAAGGAAAUCAAACGGCGAAAAGAAACAGGAGAAAAGGAUUCCACCUUCUUCGACACGGAGCGCGCCAUCAUGAUGGAACAGUGGGAGCAGAUCGAUGAGCCCGAAGAGGUGACGCCCGUGCCCUCUGAGCCCACGAGAGAAGAGAAAUUGGAUGCAUAUUUGCAGAUUGCUGCGCAGGGUCUUAGCCCCAUUGACUACGCCAGAGAUUGGGAGGAGCAAAGAGAACAGGAGAGAAUCGAAGCUCAAACUCCCCGGCGGUCAACCAAAAGCCAAUCUUUUCUGCAAAUUGAAGGCGACGGCGUGGACGACGGCGUGGACGACGACCUGGACGACCUCGAUGCCGAGCCCGGCGCAGAAAUGCUGGGCGAUGGCGAUGUGGGCGUGCUGGAAGACGAGGGGCUGGAAGGUGCCACCAGCUCUUGCAUGGAGCGUGCGCCCAGCGGGCUGGCGGAGGAUAAACCCAUGGUGCUGUUCUUCAACGCAGCUGCACUGGAGGACAUUUCGCCGUCUGCGAAGGCGUCUGCUGCGCCGUCCAAAGAGGAGCCCAAAGGAGAUCGGCUCCCGACGGAGAUGCAGGCGCUGGAAGCACCAGAGGAAGUGCCAGCCGUAGAGCAAGGCCGCGUGGAGGUGGAGUCAGCCCCACGGCACGACGACGGCGGCGAAGCUGUCGCGGAUGAAGGCUUUCCCGUCUUCAGCUCCACGAAGGCCUUCGGGCACAGUGAGUCAGUGGUGAAAACUCCGUUGUGGCAGGUUGGAGCUUGUCCAAAGUUUAUGGGUGCCAGUGUGGCAGGAGCUUUGGAGAUCGCCACCCCUCGCGACGCGGAUGCGCAGCUCGCGGACCUUCCCGAGCUUGCGGAGCUGCGUGCGGCAGCAGUGGGGCUGGUGGGAGAGCAGAGCAUGUCCAUCGAUUUGGCGCUAGCGAGGCGGCAACCUUCGCAGACCCACUCAUUGGAGCAAGCAUCCUUGAUGGUCCUGGGUGGUGGGGGCUCCAUCCGUGAUGAAUUCGAACUCGAGGAUGGCUUUGAUUUCUCCAGGGAGGACCCAGUGGAGGAGCCAGAGAGCAAAAAACCAUCGAAAGCGAUUUCUUCGCGUUCCUUUGGCGGGACAAGCAGCUUGGCGCAGGCACCGGCGUCACCGAGCUCCCCGGUGAGUCCCAGCAGAGAUCUCAAUCCAGGGCUGCUGAGUAUGCAGCGGCCGCCUGGUGAUCUCUGGAGCCGCACGCACGGGCGGGCACCGACGGCCACCUCCCUGCGCUCCAUGGCGCAACAGGUGCAAAAGAGCCUGGCCACCGCCUCCGCCUCUGGCACUCUGAACCCCCCGAGCCCAAGCAGCCCAUCCAGCCCAUCCAAGCGCGGCCAAGCGCGACGGCCCUCACCCAGGAUCUGGCCUCUGGUUGAUGGGCGAGUUAUUGGGGGUUGA